AAGGGCUCCACAUUGGUGGAUUUUACAAGGGAAUCUUCUACUCCAGAAUUAAGAUUUUUAACUUCCUUGACCAAUUGCAGACAUUUGGAAGUAUUGAGCAUAGCAUUAAAUCAAUUUAAUGGCAUACUUCCGGAUUCAAUUGGGAAUUUGUCUACUUCUCUUUUUAUUUUUCAAGCAUUUGGAUCAAAAAUCAAGGGCAGCAUUCCUAGUGGAAUUGGCAAUUUGAGUGGCUUAGGACAUCUAAGCAUGGAUAGCAACGAGUUGACCGGACCUAUCCCACCAACAAUCGGAAGCUUACAGAAUCUCGUACAACUGUAUCUUGAACACAAUAGGCUACAAGGACCCAUUCCAAAUGAUCUCUGCAAGUUAACCAUGCUCAGUGACAUUUACGUAAGUGACAAUAACCUUUAUGGACCGAUACCAACAUGCUUGGGAGAACUCAAGUCCCUAAAUAGACUUUACUUGGACUCCAACAACUUGACUUCCAUGAUACCUUCAAACUUGUGGAGCCUUAAGGAUCUAUGGGCUCUAAAUUUAUCCACAAAUUCUCUCAGAGGUAAUCUACCAUUAGAUGUCGCGAAUUUGAAGGUCUUGAUACAAUUAGACUUGUCAUGGAACCAGUUAUCAGGUGACAUCCCUAGCACCAUUGGAGGCGCUCAAUCAUUAGUAAAUUUAUCCUUGGAGCAUAAUAAACUACAAGGUCAUAUUCCUCAAUCACUGGGCAACUUAAUAAGUUUGGAAUUUUUGAAUCUAUCCAACAACAAUUUUUCUGGAGAUAUUCCCAAGUCCUUCGAGAAGCUCAGGUAUCUCCAAUAUUUGAAUGUAUCUUUCAAUAGACUCUAA